AUGUUCAAAUCCAUGCUCCGCUCCGUGGCACGUGUGCCCGUGCUUCGUAGAAACUUGGCCACCAACGCCGAGCAAAGAAUCAAGAAAUUCCAGAUUUACCGCUGGAACCCCGACACCCCUGAAGUCGAGCCCAAGAUGCAGACCUACGAGGUGGACUUGAACCAAUGUGGACCCAUGGUUUUGGACGCCUUGUUGAAAAUCAAAAACGAGCAGGACGCCACGUUGACGUUCAGAAGAUCGUGUAGAGAGGGUAUCUGUGGCUCGUGUGCCAUGAACAUUGGUGGCACCAACACGUUGGCAUGUUUGUGCAGAAUCGACACCAGCACGGCCAAGGACACCAAGAUCUACCCAUUGCCCCACAUGUACAUUGUGCGCGACCUUGUGCCCGACUUGACCCACUUCUACAAGCAAUACAAGUCCAUCCAGCCAUACUUGCAGAGAGACACGCAGCCCGCCGACGGCAGGGAGAACCUCCAGAGCGUCGAGGACCGCGCCAAGUUGGACGGUCUCUACGAGUGCAUUUUGUGUGCGUGCUGCUCGACCUCUUGCCCCUCCUACUGGUGGAACCAGCAGCAAUACUUGGGCCCCGCGGUGUUGAUGCAAGCUUACAGAUGGUUGAUUGACUCGCGAGACGAGGCCUCCAAGGUCAGAAGAGAGAUGUUGCAGAACUCCAUGUCCUUGUACAGAUGCCACACCAUCAUGAACUGUUCGAGAACGUGCCCCAAGGGCUUGAACCCCGGCCUUGCCAUUGCCGAGAUCAAAAAGCAAUUGGCCUUCGACUAG